UCAAAAUAUCUGUGGACUGCGCAACUAAGCAAGCGUGUUUUCGUUGAAUUUAUGAUCGUAGUGGUGUUUCUAGUUUGCUAGUUAAUGAACGUAAUUUAUUGAUUAUGGUUUUUGCUCGAUAAUUGUAAUUUCGCACAGCACAUUUGUAAGGAACUAUUUGCUGAAACUGCUCCCGGUUUCUCAGAUUUCAGUAAGUGACCUAGACUGAAAAUUUUUGAGUUAAUAGUAUGGCGACUACCAGUGAUAAUGCUCCAAAGAAUAAAGGGAAACCAUCCCUAACACAAGAUGAAGUGAUACAGAAGUUCCAGACAUUAAGAAAUGAACAACGUCAACUUGCUUUGAAGCUAUCUGAGCUGGAGCAGGAUCUGCACGAACACAAUCUAGUCCUGGAAACUCUGAAAACUGCAGACCCAGCUCGACGUUGCUAUCGACUAGUGAGUGGAGUCCUUUGUGAGAUGACCGUAGCUGAUGUCUGUCCUGUUGUACGCAACAACAGUGAACAGCUGACACGUUUGAUAGCAACACUUAAGGAACAACUGGUCUCGAAAGGACGUGAACUGGUUGAGCACAAAGAACGCUACAACAUCCGUAUACGUGGAGCACCUGAUGACCGUCCACCUCCUGGUUCAGAAGAAGAAAAACAAGGCACAGGAGCUGUGGGCAAAGAACCUUCUAGUGUUCUGGUUGGAGGUAGCAGUGAUGCGGCCAUUGUUAAUUGAACAUGUUAAUAUCUGUGAAAUAAAUGGUUAAUUGUGAACUCAUUAAUUAAAAAUUCCUAUAGCUAAGUGGAAAACAUUUAGUGAAAUGGGCAGUGUAUCAUUCUCCAGAAUAAUCUAAAACCAAUAUUUUCUGCACUACUAUGUUUAAUUUUUAACUUGCUUUUUAUACGCUAAUGGAGAAAAGAGUGCCGAACACUUGUGCUUGUAACAUACUCAUAAGGUGGCAUUAUGUUACAUAUGACAUAUUUGUUCCAUAUUUUGUUAACAUGUAACAUUCUGAAUUUAGGUUUUCUUAUAUCUUUCAGAGCAAAGCUAUAUAUUUGAUCAUAUUUGAAAUCUACCUCACAAAAGAAAUAAUCCAGACAUAACAAUUUUGUUUUCUGUCCUGAUUGUCAGAUUUCUCAUUUUUGAGUGUUCACUUAUAAAUUAUAAAUACUCAUGAUGUAAUGCUUGAAGAUAAAUUUGUCAACUUUUCGUGAUAAUUCCUGACUCCUACCAUCAUUAACCCGUAUCUGAUUCAUCACAAGUUAUAUAUGUACUAAGUUUUCAUAAUGUAACACUGGUUAAGUAUACAAUGAUGUUUUAAAGUGUGUUAAAUGUAUAACCAUUCAUCACAGUUUUAUUUAUUUGUGUAUUUUUGUUUCAAGUUGACCUAAAUACAAAACCAGACAUACCAAACAUAAAUGCUUAAGGACUGAGUUACACAAACUGGUGUUAACUCCCUAGCUGACAUGAAGAGUGUUUGAAAAGUCAUAAAGUUUUACUAUGGAAAAUAUCUUCCUUGCUGAAA